GAAGUGUCCAGGGCGUGGUUUGUCUCAAUCAUUUUAGCACAAUGAAAGGCCUUCGUUACUUUGUUGCAUGAUCUCCCUUCUCACUUUAUCCUGUUAUUAUGAUGGUGCUGUAGCGCUUCGGCCGAUGAGCUGAUUUUGUUUCCGUUGCCGUUUAUUUUUCUCUGCGGAAAUAACAGCAGGUUGCCUUUGCGUACCCGUCAUAAUGCAUCCGAUGCCCGUGUGCUCAGUUAGCGGUGGAGACAUAUUUGACUGUAUACAGAGAGGAAAUAUUGAACAGUGUAUACACUUCAUUGAGAAUGAUCGAGCAGUCCUCAAGCGAAAAGGCUGGGGCGGUUUCACCCCACUUCACUACGCUGCCCUGCAUGGUAACCGUGCCUUGGUUGACCUUUUCCUUAGUCAUGGAGCUGACCCUAACCUGACAUGUGAUGCAGGACAGACAGCCUUCCAUUUUGCCUGCAGGCAAGGAAACAUCUAUAUCAUACACCAAAUGAUGCAGUAUGGAGCUGAUUUGCGCCUCAUAGACAUGCAGGGGAAAACAUCGUUGCAUCAUGCAGUUACUGGGGGCAACAUUGUUGCAGUGCACUAUUUAUGGGAGACAGGAAUGUUCCGAUUCUCAGACACUGACAUGUACCAGGUGACACCCCUUCACCUGGCUGCGUCCACAGGCAACACAGAGGUAGUCCGGUAUUUGCUCAGAGACCAGAGAUGUACUGCGGAUGCAGUUGACCAGCAGGGAGCGACACCACUUCACGUUGCAGCAGAGAGGGGUGGGGUGGAGGUGUGCUGGUCACUGCUGCAGAAAACGGGAUGCAGGAUGCUCCAUCAGAAGAACCACAGUGGCCUCACACCACUGGAUCUCAGUAAACUGGGGAAAACAUUCAGACAUCAGCAACUCACCAAACUACUGAGUCGGUACAUUAAUGAGCCAAUACACCACAUGCCGAGGGAGUCUCAUGUGUUGUACUACUGGACACUGUUUUUUCCAACUCUGAGUGGAGCUGCCAUCCUGCUGAUAGCAGCCAUGUUGGGAGGCUAUGGUGGGCUGAUCUGUGGCUUGCUCUUCCCCUGGCUGGCCAGAAGCAUAUUCACACAAUACCACCGCAUGACCACGUACCAAAGGUUACCCAACCCGAUCUACUUGGGAACCCUGAUAGCUGGUGUGUUCCAUACCCUGCUGUGCUUUUAUGGAAAAAUAAUGCCUAGUGUGUGGCCAAGCAGUGCUCUAGUCCAGGUAUCGAUGGUCCACUUCUCCCUAGUCCUUGGCCUGUUCUGUAAGGUUCUGACUCAGGACCCCGGGACACUGGACAGAGCAGAUGCCGAUCCUCGUUUUUCCUGUAUCGCUGACCUGGUAGAGAGCAACCAGAGCCCUCACAGGUUCUGUCCAUACUGUGAGCUGUUUCAGCCUGACUACACAAAACACUGCAAGCUGUGUGAAGUGUGCAUUAAAGAAUAUGACCAUCACUGCCUUUUCCUGAACCAGUGCAUUGGCCGGGGGAACCACCGCCUCUUCCUCUUCUUCAUCCUCUCCAUGGUGAUUGCCCACCUUAUUUUUGUUGCCACAGCAACAAGUUACCUGAAUGAUAAGAUGUCUGCAGGCAGUCACAGCUUGUCAUCGUGGCUCACGUUGAUAGGGGAGGAGUUCUGGAUUGUAGUCAUGAUUGUUAUGAAUGCACUGACACUUAUGUGGGAGGUGUGGCUGCUGUCUGAGCAGUUUGGCGCCAUCGCCACGGGUACGACCACCUAUUUCAGACAGUGUGAAAGCUCAGCACAACAGAAGUCACUAGGGGAGCGCUGGUUUAUAGUGCUGUUGUUUCUGUUGGAGGGUCAAAGACGGGUGGGCAGCGGACAAACAAGAGAGGACAAAAUCACUAUCGAUAUUUAAAACAGUUGGUUUGUCUUAUGCAGUUGUUUCAUAAUCCCUCACUUAGAAAUGUGCAUUCAUUCUCAGUUUACAAAGUGUUUAGUGUGUACUCAGCUCUGUGAUAAUGUCCUCGUAAGUUUCAGUAACUCUUUAAUGCCAUAUAACAUGUUGCACUCAAAUGUAAAAUUAGGUUAUAUUUUAAUAUUUCUAUUUUAAUAUACAGUAGUCUAUAGAGUAGAUUUGUAGCCAGCCACUAAGUUUAGAUGUUUGCCUAGUUUUUAGAGACCUCACUGAACAUCGUUAAGAUAACAGUAUUUUAAUGAACUUGUUGGUUUUUCAUUGUUAACUGUGAAGUACUAGAUAUUUCCAAGACUGUGUUCUAGCAGGGACCACCUCUGAUAAUUGUUUCUCUUCCACGUCAUCAGCAUACAUUUUUAACAUCAUUGUUUUUGUUGCUUUAAAUAAAUGUGUGAAAACUGUAGAUUGUUGUGUACUCAAAACAUCAGCAAGUCCUGUGAUUAGCUAGUGAUAAUGGUUAAUCACGGGUGCACUGAAAGUCUUUGUUCCCAACAUAAUGGUAUUACCUCUCCAACCUGCUCUCACCUAUUUGUGCCAUGACACUUCCUCUGCUCUCACUAAUGGGACAUGCUCUUUUCAUGCCUUUAAUUACACGCACUCAUUUCCUAUGUGUCCCUCAGGACCAUAU